AUGAAACUCGUAAGAAUUGCAAACUGGGACAAUUAUGUAGCAGAAAGAAAGAAGACAUUAACAGUUAGGUUCAUCUACGAGUUGAACCAUUCUAGUCAUUCACCACAUCAUAAUUUUAUAUUUUUGCGCUAUUCUUUCCGCUUCUUUCUUCUCCUAAUGCCAAAUAAAGAGAAAUUCGAUAACAGUCACAUAACAUUAAUGUCGUUUUCUAAUCUUUAA